AUGACUUAUGAACAAUUAUAUAAAGAGUUCCAUUCCACCGAUAGCUUCCAGCCAUUUAUCCGUUUAGACACCCAGCCAAAAUUUGCUAUUUGUGGUGUACUCGUUACAUUGGCUGUACUAUCAUCUGCUCUGUUCACUGUUGGUUCCAAAUCUUCAUUCAUCAAGAAACUUUUCCUUUACACAAUUUUAAGCGUAACUGGUAGUUUGUUUGCUGGCCUGACUACUGUUUUUGCCUCCAAUUCUUUCGGUGUCUAUGUUUAA